CCCAGCAAACACCAGGAGGACUGACGAAAAAGGCAAGAAACCGUCGAUACGAUGUCUGCGCAAGCGUUCGUCAAUUAAACCUUCCGUUGCCUUCGAGCUCUCACCUCAGGGUCUUCCAUCAGUUACAAUCUGUCAAAAGUAAAAACGGCACAAUACGUUUGAAGCACGCCGCGCGCGCCCUCUACUGGGCAAAGCAACAAAAAGGCUAGGGCCUAUAGGCUGCACAAUGGCGUCAGAGGAGAGGUCGACGCUGAAGGCGGCCGCGAAAGCCCAUGGUGCACCGUCGAUCAGCUGUGACCAGUCCCAGCUCUCGGUCCUUCCUCCGGAGCGUGGGGCGUCGAUGAGCACGACCUCGACCCAGAGUCAACUCGCGUCUCCGAACUCGACCGCGGAAGCGCAGCCUCCACCAGCGCCCUCUCGUCCGAGCCUCGGAGCCGUGGCCGUCGUCAGCUCGCUUCCCACGCACGAGCCGCAGCUGUGGUACUGCUGCCCGCACUGCGAGAGGAUGUGCCCGAACAGGAACACGUUGGCGGUUCACGUGCGCAUCCACAUGGAAGAUACGCCUUUCAAGUGCGCGCUGUGUCACGCCGCCUUCACGACGAAGUCGUUUCUGAUUGACCACGUGAAGAAGCACAGCACCAUGAAAACUUUGACAUGCGACGUGUGCUUCCAACCCAACUGCGCCAAGCACGAUAUCCGGCUUCACCUUCGUCGUCGGCAGACCGGGCCGCGACCGUUCAGGUCCGAUCAUCGCAACAAGGCAUUCGCCGUCUAUACAGGUCUGGCGGGGCCCAAGGACACUCGCCCAGACGGGAGUGCCAACGUGUGCGAGGCCUGCGGGGCAACCUUUGCGUGCCGCAGUGAUCUCCAAAAGCAUUUUUUGACGAUGCACGGAAAUUCGAAAUCCAACACUGGCGACAACCACGGCAAUACACCUAAGCUCCCGCAAGGCUAUAACCAGAUGCAGGGCAACCCAAAACUCCACAUGUGUCACCUGUGCCCCGCCCGCUUCACCAGGAACUACUCGCUGGUGGUUCACCUCAGAACUCACGCCGACGACCGCCAGCACGGCUGUGACCAAUGCGCCAAGCGCUUCGUCACUGUCUCCAGACUGAGGGAGCACAUCCGGGCCGCCCAUUCACCGCAACCUACGUUCGGCUGCAAGUACUGCCCCAUAAAAUGCACGUGGAGAUCUUCACUAACGUACCACGUGAAAAAGUGCCACCCGACUGCUGGAAAGGCAUGAGUCUGGCGCGUCUCUGUAUGACUGCCGGAUGGUGUUUCCGCGCGCAAAUAAA